UUCAUUAUAACCCAUAUUGUGUGUUUAAAAUAUUCAAAGGAUUUUAUGUGUUUUAAAAUGUACAGAUAACUGUGUUAUUAACUAAUUAUCGGUCUCAUCCGAGUGCUCCUAGACUGGGGGGAUUUACAUAAGGUAAGAAGAAGAAGAAGAAGAAGAAGAAGAUGUCGUCGUCAAAGGACUUCAGGUCAGCGGCAGGGAAAAGACAUAAAAUCGGUCUUACUGAAUGUAAAGACUUAAACGAACUGGACUAUGCAUGGAAGGCAAAUUACAAUCAAAGAGCCUUGCUGCUCAGGAUAUUAUGCCUAGAUCAUUCAAAAGACAAAAAAUGUUCAAUGUCACAGUCCAGUACAAUUGAAAGUGUAACAUUUUUUUCCAAAGAAAAGGAACAGUCUGAGGCUUCAUAUCUGAUUUAUGAUUGUUAUAACUCCUUCCAUCAACUAUCCUUGGAUAAUUUUUAUAAAUAUAUAGACAGUUUUUUAAAAUCGUUUGAGAAUUCUGAAAUAAGUGAGGAUUAUUGGAAGGAGAUUGUUAACUGCUUGGAACUCUUUGACUAUAAGUAUGAAAAAAUUGAGGGAGUAGAAUUCUGGUCAUCUGAAAAAAGUCCAAAGACUGAUGAGGACUUGGUAGAAGCAUUUGGAAAGAUGUCUUUAGAACAAACAGCAUAUGUAUCAGCAUUUGUGCAAGCAUUACGGACUGAUAUGAAGAACGGCCAUGCUAAAAUGUGGAUAGAUAAAUUGAUAAAAAUCCUUUUGAAAUGUGUCGGUGCUGAUGGGUCAGCUGACAUAAGUGGUUUUGCUCCAGUUCAGUAUGACAACACCAACACUGUCAUGGAAAUUGUUUUUGGUGAUUUAGAUAAUUCAAUUACUCAGAUGGAGUAUAAUGCAGAACCCUAUUUUAGCAGUUCAUUCAGUAAUUCUUCAUCUUCAGUAAGCAGCCUUUCAUCUUUAAAUCUCGAAUCAACAAGAUUAACUGAAGCAGCUGAUUUAGCACCAGAAGUACAUCCUGUACAUUUAUCACAACCACACAAGAAAGUUGUGCCAGAUUUUUGUGUUGCCCUUCCAGCCUUUCCUGGUAUGUUCCCAUUAGUAUUUGAACUGAAACCUGUCUAUCAGGAGUCACAUGGACUUGUUGAAAACAUUCAACAAAUGUUGUCUAAACUGUUCUUCCAAGAUAUUGUUUUUGGCAUUGUUGUCUCACCUACAUCAUUUCAACUAUCAGUUAUUAUAAAAAAGGAUAAAGACCUUCAUUUUGCAAGUACACCCAGUAUGACAUUUAGAGGUAUUCAGAAUCCACCAAAACUUGAUUUGAAAGAGUUAAAUACAAUGUGUACAUUCAUAUUCAGAGUCUUAAAAUGGGCCAGGAAAUCAAAAUGCAUAAUCAAAACCAAAGACAGCUGUGAGUUGGAGAAAAAAAUCUGAAAAGUCACUAUGAAAACUUAAAGUCAUAUGAAACGAGUUGUAAAAAAAAAAGUUGAACAUGAUUUUUUUAACUAAAUAGUAAGUUUAUAGUAUAAAACUUUUAUCCAUACACUUGUUUUUGUGAAAACUCUUAUAUUUCAAUGUAAAACUUCAUGAAAUGAACGGCUUCUGAAUUAUUUACUUCCAGUGAGUAAUUGUUCCGAGAUUCACCGAAUGCUUUUCGGUAUGCAUGAUUUCUCGUAAACAAUGUGAAAGCCGUUACUGCGCAAGUAAAAUUGAAAGUGAAAGUAGAUAAAUCAACACAGCUUAAUUGUCACACUAAUAAAGCACGUGAUUUUUUAGCACGCUUUUGUCAAUUGUUUGUCAAUAUUAACAUGUCGGAGAACAUCGGAAGGUUUUCUCAGACUUUAAUAAGCAAAGAGGGUUUCCAUAUAAAAUCAACGAACACAUUAUUUUGUUUGUAAAUUACACGUUACAGACUCAAUAUAAAAAGUGAAAAUAUAUUACAAAGGUCUUAGUUUAGUGUAUGUGCAUGUAUUGGACGAAUAAUUUAGUGAACAUAAUUUUUUCCACCAACUCGUUUCAUAUGACUUUAAGGUAGAUGAGAUGUAUAGAUUUUUCUGAAACUUCUUUAAAAGACCUCUGGGUCAAUUUCUUUCAACUUUAAAAAUCUGGGGGUCACUGGUCUUUAAUAAUACAUUGAAAUUAAUAGAAAUAACAGUUUUUUAUAUGGGUUUAUUCUAUAUAUAUAGGGGAGAACUUAUUUUUUCUAAUUGAGAAAUAUUAGAUGACAGAAUUUGUUUAACUUCAAGGGGGGAAUAAUUUCAAAAUAUCAAAUACAAAUGGAGAGUUACAGGCCUUUUUUUCUUGACAAAUUAAAAUAAAUAUGAUUUUUCCUAUCAAAUUCAAUUUAAUUACGUGGGGUAUUUUCCAUUGAUUUUAGAAUUAUUUUUUUUUUUCGAAAGCUUAAAAUAUGCUAAACAACACUUAUUUAAAAAAAGAAGAAUCAAUAAAUUUCAAGAAUAAAAUAUUCUGUUUCAUUUUAAUUAUUAUCAUAAAAUAUUUCUAAACAAAUUUUUUUUCAACAUGCGCAGCAGAGAUGCUCAGAAAUAAACAUCCCAUCUACCUUAAUUAAUCACUGAUGCCUUACACAGAUAUUUGUUUUUCAGUUGUGACACAAGCAGUUGAUAACAACAUUCUGUUAUCUACUUGUUGUGUGCAAGGUAAGGGGGGAACCUCUAGUUAGGUUCGAUGGACUUUCACUAAGUUUAACAUCUGAGGUCUGAUUUCAGCUUUUAAUUGAUGAAGAAUCAUGUAAAAUGGUACAGGGAUGUAUCUUGGGAUGUCCUAUCCUUCCUACAUUAACCUAGUAUAUUUUGAAAAUCAUAUCCUUCCUUGCAUGAUUGUCCAUUGUAAACUUCUUUAAAAAUCCACGCACUGGCAGGAUUUUUAGGAAACUUGGUUCUGAUGUUCCUAGGGGUACAUGUAUCUAGUUUGAUUCUUCAAAAAGAUGGCAGCCAUAUGCUUUUUGGACAAAACAGUAAACUCAAACACGCCCAACUUUCAAAAGGUCUACCUGACUUUUAAUUGCGAUAAAAUAUUUAGGAUUUUUUUUCUAAAUAUUGACGCAGGGGGCAGAAGGGAAAUUUAAGCUUUCAAUAGAUACAUCUUUUAUCUUUUCAUGGAUUUUUUUCGGCGAAAUUUAAGGGUAUGGAUUUUUUUUAUCCACUUGUUUGUGUACCUACUCUAAUCGGCCUUUUUACUGAAAUUCGUCUUUAAUCUAUAAGUUAUGAAAUAUCUUUUUAAUCUGGACUCUUAUAUUGAUAAAAACAAAUAAAUAAGACGAAAAAAAUCUUCAAUUAUGCAAUUACAAUUAACUUUUAACAGCCAUAGAAACAGUCAUAAACAAUCUCGAGACCAUUUUAACUUCUCUAGUCAAGAGUACCAUUUCUUUUGUUUAAUUUCAACUGGGUUUCCGACUGAAAAGGAAUUUUUUUUCUUAAUUUUUUUUUAAAUUUUUUUUUUACAAUUUGUUUUGCUAUUUCUUUGUUUUUAGUCUGAAAACAGAUUGAAUAAGAACAAAGUAGUAAAAAAUAAUUUGGGGGAUGGGUGUCAACUUUUUUCUUCAAGAUUUUCGAAAAUUUCUAUUUAGGGGAAA